CAAAGGAAGUUGAUAUUGCAUAGCACAAUGGGAGAAAUGCAAUUACGACGCAGGUAUUGGAUAUUGGACAAUGGGACACUGGGACAGACACUGGUGGACUGCACACGUGACCACGCGACGCGUUUCUAUAAAGCAGUUCUACAUGGUUGUAUCCAGGACCGUCAUCACAUAAAUCAGGCCUCUACACUAUUGUCCAUCAACUCUCUCUGCUCUCUGUCAAUAAACAAUCAUGGCUCGCACCAAACAAACCGCAAGGAAGAGUACUGGUGGUAAGGCUCCUCGAAAGCAGCUCGCUGUGAAGUCGGGAAAAAAGGCUCCAAUAAACGCACAUCCAGCUGGUGGAGUCAAGAAGCCCCAUCGCUUCCGUCCUGGUACCGUGGCCCUUCGUGAAAUUCGUCGCUACCAAAAGUCGACGGAGUUGCUUAUCCGCAAGCUUCCCUUCCAACGUCUCGUCCGCGAAAUCGCACAGGACUUCAAGACCGACCUGCGCUUUCAGUCAUCUGCCGUGAUGGCUCUUCAAGAGGCCGCUGAAGCAUACCUCGUGUCACUGUUUGAGGACACUAACUUGGCUGCUAUCCAUGCCAAGCGUGUGACAAUUCAACCAAAGGACCUUGCUUUAGCACGCCGUCUGCGUGGCGAACGUUCAUAAAGGAUUUUCAUUUAGAUAUAUUAAUUAUGUAAUCCUCUUCAAGGGUCGUGACUUUGUCGCACCUUGCUAUACCUGACUUUGACUAGCGUUUACUUGAUUUCCUGUAAUGAGAACCAGACUUCUUAGUAUUUUGCCACCCAGCUUGUGCAACUUUUCUGGCCUUUCGUU